AUGACGAGCAAGGAUAUUGGUUGGGAACAUGGUAAACCCGUAGGAGGGAAUAGAAAAAUUGUGAGAUGCAAUUAUUGUGGAAAAAUAAUGCAUGGUGGCAUUACAAGGUUGAAAGAACAUGUCGGUCAUGUCAUAGGACAAGUUGAGCCUUGUCCGAGGGCCUCAAGUGAAGUUAGAGAUUUAAUGAAAAUGCAUCUAAAGAUUGGUAAGAUUCAAAGAGCUACAAUAAAACAGAAAAAAGAAGAAAUAUUGAAUUUUUUCCAACAAGAAAGUAUGCAUGGUAAUUUCAACAUGGUUGGCGACGAGGAGGACGAAGUCUUUUUUGAAAUUGAUGAAGAAAGUCGGAUGGCGUUGGAAAAAAAACAAAUGAAGCAAGCAAUUAGAGAGAGCCAAUACUUGCAAUUUUUAGACGAACAACGAAGGCAUUCGGUAUCUGGGAGUCGAUCUUCUAUGUUUAUGUCAGGGAAUAUGGGUGUUGGCACUUCAAACCCAACGACUUCUGAAAAUAAAAGAGGAUUGUCACGUAAUUUCAGUGUCAGACAAGCAGAUGAAAUGACAAGCAGAGGAAUUGACUCACAUAUGUUUCCUUCGAAACAAAAAUCAGUCAAAUCAAUGUUUGCGAAGGAAAAUAUAAAAAGAGUUGGUAAGGCAGUUUCAAAGUUUUUUCAUUUCAAUGCUAUACCAUUUCAUGCAGCUGACAAUCCUUAUUAUCAAUCGAUGAUUGAUGAAAUUGCCAAAGCUGGUUCUGGUAUUAAAGGCCCUUCAGCUUAUCAAAUUGGAAAUGAAUAUUUAGAUGAAGAAUUUGAAGAGCUUGAGAAAUAUCUUGGAGAUGUUUAUGAUAAAUUUUCAACUUUUGGUUGUACACUUAUGUGUGAUGGGUGGAGCACUCGUACAAAACAUCCAAUAAUAAAUUUUAUGGUAUACUGUGAUAGGCACAUGAUAUACCAUAGUUCAGUUGAUUGUACCAAUAUUAAGAAAACUGCUGAAUAUAUUUUCAAGUUAAUGGAUGAGGUAGUAGAGGUUGUGGGGGAAAAAAAUGUUGUGCAAGUUGUGACAGAUAGUGAAUCUAGUAUGAAAGCUGCUGGACAACUGUUGAUGAAAAAAAGAAAAAAUCUUUUCUGGUCACCUUGCGCUGCGCAUUGUAUAGAUUUGAUGUUGGAGGAUAUUGGCAAAAUGGAUAAUGUAAAAGAAACUAUUGCUCAGGGGAAGAAGAUAACAAGUUUCAUAUAUAACAGUGACAAAGUAGUGAAUCUGAUGAAGACAUAUACAAAAAAAAGGGAACUGCUACGUCCAGGUAUCACUAGAUUUGCAACUGAAUUCAUUUCUAUGGAAAGUCUUCUUCGGCAUUGUACAGAACUGAAAAGAAUGUGCACCUCAGAUGAAUGGGCAGAGUUUAAUAACACUACCAAGAGAAAAGCAGAAGCUAUUAAAGUAGCUGAGUUGAUAUUGUCAGAGAAGUUUUGGAAAAAAGUUAGAAAUGUAUGUGCAAUAAUGGAGCCUCUGGUCAAAGUUUUAAAAACUAUUGAUCAAGAUAAUAAGCCAACAUUGCCAAUUAUUUAUGAGGCAAUGGAUAGAGCAAAAAUGGCUAUUCAAAAGUCGGUGAAAUCUUGGAAAACAAUUUGGGAAGUGAUUGAUAAUAGAUGGUACAAUCAACUUCAUCGGGAUUUACAUGCGGCAGUUCGAAGAGGGUUAAAGAACGUCAUUGCAAAGUUGGAGCCAAAUUUAGAUGCACAAGUUGAUUCAAUAAAUGAGAUCAAAAUUUUUGCAGACAAAAGGGAGGCUUUGGAAGUGCUAUUGCAGCAAGAGCAUUACCAAAAUCUUUACUAG